AAAGGUGACAAGGAGAGCGGGAAAUGCCGAGCAAAAAGAGGAAGAAAGGGGCGGUUCCCGUCUACCUUAAUGUCUAUGAUCUUACCCACUUCAAUGGCUAUGCUUACUGGUUCGGCCUCGGCAUUUACCAUUCCGGCGUUCAAGUACAUGAUGUUGAAUAUGGAUUUGGUGCCCACGAGCGUGCUCUUUCGGGCAUAUUUCAAGUAGAACCGAAGCAGUGCCCUGGCUUCAGAUUCCGAAGAUCAAUCCUCAUAGGGAGAACCGAUUUGUGUCCAAACCAAGUGAGGGAAUUCAUGGACAAACUAUCUAAACGCUAUACUNUUUUUUUUUUUUUUGUUACAAACUAG